AUUCAGGAGCUAGUACAGUUUCUGCAGCCAUUUUUCCCCUCUGAAUCAGAGGGGACCUUUUACAAUCCAUUGCAUCCUGCUGCAUCCAAAGCAACGUUAGCUGUGAGACCCCGUGCAGUUUAAUCUCGGGACUCUGCUAAUCAUUUAUAUGCCUGCAUUUGUUGACUCUGUCUUUUAUUUUGUGUUCAAAUCCCGGUUUGAAGUUAACCAUUUUGUUUUGCCCCUCUCUCUCUCUCUCGUUGCAAACAAAAGGGGGAGAGUGGGGGAAAGAUUGCAGCCUUGCCAAAAAUGCCAAAGGGAGUUUCCCCAGCCCCAGGCAGGGGAAUUAUUGGGGCAGUGACUGGUUCCCAGAAAAAGCUAAUCAAUGUGGAAAAUGGGAAUACCGGGCUAUGUAGCCCCCAGAUCCCCACCAUCCCUGCCAGUUAUUUCACCCAAAUUGCAGGAGCAGUAUAUUCUGAUCACAGUGAUUGCCUGUAUGCAACCCCUCAAGGACCUGAAGUUAGAACAAUAAGGACUAGCACAGGGCGCCUGCCGGCAAAACGCAAACUGGACUUGGAAGACAGUGGGCAUCAGUAUUUACCAGAAUUUCGAACUCCCAAAGGCAAAGGCAAAAUGCCUGCCAGGAUACCUAGCCCGAAAACUCCCAAGUCUCCUGGGGAGAAAACGCGAUAUGACACCUCGCUCGGACUUCUGACCAAGAAGUUUGUCCAUCUCCUUAGCGAGUCUCCAGAUGGCGUCCUGGACCUGAACCGAGCAGCAGAAGUCCUUGAAGUCCAGAAGAGGAGAAUUUACGACAUCACCAACGUUUUGGAAGGAAUUCAACUCAUCCGGAAAAAAUCUAAAAACAACAUUCAGUGGAUGGGCCGCAGUCUGUUUGAAGACACCUCGGUGGUGGCGAAACAGCAGUGCCUCAGGCAGGAUCUGACUGACCUUGUGAGGAAGGAGCGAUCCCUUGACGACCUCAUCCAGAACUGUAGCACGCAGCUGAAAAUGCUGACGGAUGAUGAGGAAAAUCAGAGGCUGGCCUAUGUCACAUACCAAGAUAUUCGCUCAAUCGACAGCUUCCAGGACCAGACGGUGAUCGCAGUGAAAGCGCCACCGGAGACUAGGCUAGAGGUGCCUGAUGUCUGUGAGCAGGAGAACCUGCAGAUUUACCUGAAGAGCACUAAUGGUCCAAUCGAGGUGUACCUUUGUCCGGAGGAAGUAACGGAAGAGAACAGCCCGAUGAAGUACAGCACGCCCAAGAAGGAUGAUGGAGGUGUCUCUGCAUGCAUCCCAAAGCAUGAGCCGGGGGCAAGAGCUCUGGUCCAAAGUGAAACAGAAUGUCCGAAAAUUUCCUGCAAACUUGAAAUUAAAGAGGAAGAUGACCUCAAACCAGUUUUGCCGAGCUCGCUGCUGGACUGUGAAGAUGGGGUCCUUGGUCUAUCACAUCACCUCCUCCAACAAACGGAGGACCAACUCCCUUCCACGUCCUACAGUGAUACCCCUUUUGUCAGCUUCUCUCCACCCUUGGACCGGGAGGAUUACCUGUGGAGCCUGGAGGAUGGCGAAGGGGUCAGCGACCUCUUCGACUCCUAUGAUCUCGAUGAAUUGCUGCGCAACUAGUCCCUCCUACUUGACCUGACGACCUCCGAUACCCUCGGACCCCCUGCUCCGUCAAAAGGUUCUAUUUCCCCGAAGGUGAUGAACGACUUUAGAAAGAAAGUGUCCGCCCCAGCAGUUUACCUUUGAACACUUUUAAGGAGCAAUAGUGGACUUCCUGCUGAUAUUGCCAGGGCAUCUUGAGAGUUGGCAGGACUUUGGGAUUCCAGAUACAGGGAUCGUCAGGGAUUGGGUGUGAGAAAGUCAGGAGGCAGGUGCAGAGGAUCUGCUCCUUCUGACUUGCAGUCUGUGCUGCCUUGAGUUGGGAACAGGGCUGUGUCAAAGAGGGAGUUUUGCCACUGUGCAUGUACACACACGACUGGUUUUAUCAAAGGUGACCAUAUUGGUGCAUCUGAGAUCUAGUUUACAAUCCCUUACAAAUUCUGGGGUGAGCUAUGCGGCAGGCAAUGUCAUACAUUGGGCUGUUCUUCCCUGUCGCCACUACAGUUUUAAAUAAGUAUUAACCUUACCUUGCGCCCUGUCAUCAUUUGUUUGUUUGACAGAUUUUGUGUCCACUUCCACCUUUUUAUUCCCAGCCUUCUUACUCCACUGCCAUUGAGCUGUGUCAGUUUCACUCUGGCUCCAUUUGAAAGCAAUGAAAUACAUUAGUAACCCUAAUCGUAUCGCACUGUGUCCCUUACUUAGUCUGUACCCCCACGCCAUUUCAGACUGGGCUCCUCAUUUGCGGAGGGAUCAUGUGGAAAUAGAUUUAGGAAUUGUAGAUUUUGCGUGGCAGGUAUCUCUUGACUUGUCUCCAGUAUCUCCUCUGUUCCUGUGUUUCUGCCAUUAGCUGAGUAGGUUGGUUUUUGUUUAAUGGUUGUGUAAAAGUUUGGAUUCGCCGAACAGUGUGGCCUGAGCCAAUUAACCAGAGACUGAGCACACUAUUUACUUUCCUGUUUUGUACAAUUCCUAGGAAAUCGGAAAGCAAGGACCGAGGCUGGCCACCACUGUCAAAGGUCCUGUUUUCUCAUUUGGGAGCUGGUAAAGAUAGGCUCAGCCACCCCUCCCACGUGGUCAGCAGGUGGAAGGUGAAUUUAAACUGGCGCAAUCGGAAAGUGGAUUGUGGCCUCCAUUUCCAAUCAGCCAUGAUCAUACCGAAUGGGAAAGCAGGCGUGGCUCAGGGCCCAAUGGCCUACUCCUACUUCGAAUUUUUAUGUUCCUUUCUGCCAUGCCAAUUUCCACCCUGGUUGGUGGUAACCGCAUUUGUUGUAAAUGAACUUGUGCAGUGGAAUUUUCCAAAACUGUUCCUUUUAUUUCAAAAAAUAGUGAGGAAUGCUCCAUCCUGUGACCCAAUUUCCAGUCGUGUUGCUUGCCCUAUAUUUGCUGUGCAUACCCCAUGCAGGAUGACCAGCAGAUGCUUGCAGGACUUUUGGACAGGUGACCAAAUACCCCUUCCAGUUCUGUUGGCGUGCUGGCACGUGGACUCCAAGUCAUAGUCAUACAGCACAGAAACAGGCCCUUUCACCCAAUCCAUCCGUGCUGAUCAGGUCUCCAAAAUUGAACUAGUCCCAUUUGUGUGCAUUUUGGCCCAUAUCCCUCUCUAAACCUUUCCUGUCCAAAUGUAUUUUAACUGUUGUAAUUGUGUCUGCCUCUACUGCUUCCUCAGGUCCCUUUUUUUAAAGAAAGUCUUUCCCCUGUCACCUUCAACCUAUGCCCUCCAGUUUUGGAUUCCCCUUCCCUGGGAAAACAGGCUCCUCACCUUUAUCCAUGACCUUAAACUCUCUCUAAGGUCACCCCUUUAGUCUCUGACACUCGAGGGAGAAAGAGGUCUGUACCAGGCACAGCCCUUGGAAGGUCUGAGCAAUUUAGAAGGAAUAUUGGGAGAUGAGGGGGUGAGGUUAAACGGGCUGGGGAUGGAUACCAAUAUGGUUGCUUGUGGCGAGACUCCCUCUAGUGCGAGUUUGUUUAAUGGAUUGUUCCUCUGCCUGUUUACUGAUCUGAAAUGGAGGUUUGGAUUUCAAUGGUGCUUUUUUUUUUAAAAAAGAAGAACAUCUUAAAUGAUGCCAGUUUUAAAACUCUGCUUAAAUUUAUCAACUUUUGAAAUCACUGUUUCUCAGGGGAUAAGGGUGGGCACCAGUCGCUUCCUGUCAGUGAGGGUGAGCCCCCUUGAUUAUCUUGAAAGCCACUCUGGCUGUCACUGAGGUGUUGGAAACCAAGUUCGCUCUUCUUUUCUGCAUCCAUUGCUUUUAUUUUGAGGUGCCACAGUACGUGUGACUAAUUUAAAACUUCAUCCCGACAGCAAAAACGAAACUCCCUUUUCCGAAGCAGCGUUAUGUUGGCACAAAACUGGAAGGCACCGUGCCACUAAAAAUGUGGCUUUCGAGCUGUGCGUCGCCAUUUGCUGCCUCAGUGACCCUGCUGUUCUGAGCUUUAUGGUGAUUUUCUCACAUCUUCCAACCUACAGAAAAUCAAGUCCCCACUGCAUGGUGGAUAAAUGCUUUUAAUGAGAUGUGUUUUGUGAGUCAUUGUUUGUUUAAAUUUUUUAUGGUGGAGUUUUUAUAGCGAGCCAUUCCCUCUUGUGUGCCUGUGCUGGCUGACUUGCUGAGGGAGUUGUGCCUAUUACCCUGGCCUAUUCUCCUACUUUGUGAUAGAACUGGCCUUCAUCUUAUUUCUCAUGUGUGUUUGAGUGUGAGACAGCUGAUGCCCACCUCCUGACCAAAGCAAUGUUUCAACAUUCCUGUUUUCAGAAGUGAGCAGCACCUGGUGAAUCGCCAAAAACGUUGGUAAAUAAAUCUGUAAAUACUUUCUUGAAACUUUAAAAAAAAAUUGUCGAUGUGUACAUAGAGCGGUGGUUUUAGUCAUAGGCUUUAUAAACAAUUAUGUAUAGCUGUUUGUGUGUGUGUGUGUGUGUGUGUGUGUGUUUUGAGCAAGUGCUGUUGAAUUAAAGAUGUACAGAAUUGAUUGCUGAGAUUUUUGAGAGGUCAGCAGGAAUUGCUUUAGGAGGUUGUGUGGGUUAAAUCAGUGGCAAAGGAGAAUAGCUCCUUUGGACAGGGUGGUGUGUGGAGGUAUCCCGCCUAUGUAGCUUUCCUUCUUUACUUUUGUGAAUCUUCCCAUUCUAUUUAUUUAAUAAAUAAAUAGAUGCCCUCAAUUUGUGGCCUGUAGAGUUAACUGUGACAGACUCCAUUUCUGCAUAUUGUGCUCCCAGCAACAGUUCUCCUCUCUGGUUCCAGUGGGACCUUUUUUGUUAUAAUGGUCGCUGCCAUUGCAUGUUGGGGAAGAGUACGUUUUGGCAUGCUGGACGUUUAAGGUUGCCAGGUGUUCCUGCCUGUCUGGGAUCGCUGCGUUUUUGCAUUGUUUCUCCUUUCUUUCGACCUGAUAUUUGAGAUCUUGCCAGCUAUGAGCUCACUGAUCCAGAGAAGUGUGGUCUGAUCUAGUUUCUUACACUAAGCUGAGACCACUGUGGUUUAAAAAGCUGCUUUCGUGCAGUUCUGUGUUUCGUGAGUAGGUAGUGAUUUGAAAGGAUUAGGAAUUUGUGACUGUAAGUUGCCCAGUUUUUUUUAAAAAAAGAAACAAAUUACUGCAGAUAUUGGCAAUUUGAAACAAACUAUGAAAAUGUUGGAGAAGCUCAGCAGACCCUGCAGCAUUUAUGGAGCAGACCAGAGUUAACAUUGAGUCCAGUAUGACUAUAUUUUAGAACUCUUCUCUUCAUACUGUACUUGAUGUCCAUGGUGUUUUCCUCUCCUCCAAUCUUGCCAGACCUGCUGAGUUCCUCCCAGCGUUUUUAUAGUUUUAAUCCUUUAAAGGAACCCCAUUUAGUUGAUCGGUUUCGCUCACCAGAUUUCAUGGUGGCUCCAUUUGAAAGCACCACCACGUCUGGGAAAUUCAAGUCUGUUAUUUUUGAGGUGUAUUGGAAACAACAGGUGUAAGUUGGUCAUCUUGACAACAGUAGUCUCUUUUUAACGUUGCUUCCAUUGAAGUCUUUAAUCCGAUCAUAUUCAGCCUGCCCACUGAUAGUCAGAGUCACAAUAAAAGGCAGUUCCCUGUCCCCCACCCACUAAGCAGCCAGAUCUUGCUCUGGUUUAGUGUGAAAUCUGUUCCGAAUUCUGGUUUACAGUAGAUUUAUCCACGUUGGAUAAGUUUGAAAUUGGUCAACUUGGGGUCUGCAGAUUUGCUUGGACCUGUUGUAGAAGGUGCUGAGGUCUCACUGUGUGCUGAACUUGUCAUCAGCCAUGUCCACCCUGGAUCCAUUGAGAUCCCAGAAUAUGUUCAGGGCUGUAACAGCUUCCAUCCUUCUGCCUGUGCACACGGGUCUCUAUUGACCACAGUUCCUGAUUCAUGGCGCUGAGGCCUUGAUCUGGCUGAAUUAAGGACUCUGUGUUUGCAGGCUUGUGGAGAGAGGAAUAUUUGUGGGGUAGCACUGAAUGUGACAGGGGUUUGAGACCAGCCUGCUGUGCUGUAAAAUCCAGCUGAUCAGGAGGAAAAUGAGGAUGAAUUGCCAAGGAAGUUUUUUCGACUAUUUCGACUAAACUUAGUGUUUGCAAAAGCAAUUGAAGCUAAUACCUACAAAGCUGUCACUUUGCACCAGGGAUGUGGAAUUUCAGGCAGGUUGUACUUAUGCAGUAUCAGCUCUGACCAGCAGAGGGAAGCCUGACAGUUUUGAGACCACCUCCCACCAUACCCUGGGACAGCAGCAUGCUGGUUGUUGAUAGACCUCUUCACCCCAAGGCUUGGUGAUUGAGGGGGAGGAGCGGGCAGGCCACAAUGUUACAGGUACACUAUAGCCUCCCUGUACUGCAUGAGAUCAAACUUGCCUGAUCAGUUCAUUUAAUCCAAUUUCAUUUUUUUAACUGCAUCAACUUUCCCUGCCAUAUGUUGUCAGGGUCACAAACUGUGAAGGUGGAUCUGGAGGUUUUGGUUACACUUGAGCUCCCAUGCUGGUUUGUCUUGCCCCUGCGCUAUUGGUCGGCCAGCCAUCAAUGUAUUUUCCAAACAUUUGGAAUGUGAACUCUCCUUUACCCAGUGAGAUCAUUCUGGACAUUUUAAACCAAAAGGCAUUUUUAUUCCCUCUGGGUUUUAUAACAAAUGCAAAGAGAAAAGUCAAACUUUCUGUUUUAACACUUGGGUGAUUUCAUUACACUCCCAGAGGAUUUGACUCUGAUUCAUGGAGACUCCUGAGUCAUCCUUGUUGCUGAUGUUUGGAGGAUAUGAGGGAGGUUGGUUUUCUUUGUGCCGUUAUGCCUGUCUGCUAUGAGGGUUGCAUUGAAUUUGUCAUUCUUCCAUUCAAUUCCUGAUCCUUGUGACUUUGCAUUCUCAUCAACUGAAACAGCAAAGGAUUUUAACACACUUUUUUCCAUGUUAUUAUGCUGGCAAGUCACUGUUAUCUUUAAUUUCCAAUGCUCUGGAUUCCCAGGUUUUGAGCUUUGAGUCAGUUAGGGACUCUGUUUCCCAAAUCCAGGGCAAGAUGGAAGUUUAUUUUCAGCUCUUUAAGCUCAACAAGAAUCACAUUUACUACAGUCUUUUACAGUUAGUUGGUGUGUACCAUUUGUUGUGGCCAAGGACAUUACUAAGUUCUCUCACUACUCUUGUGUUGCAAAAACAGUUUGCAGUAUGUUGCAGUGUGAUGCACCGGCAACAGGUACAUUUGUCAGAUCUGCUACAGUUGUUCCCUGCUGUACAGGUUUCCUUCUCCGAGACCUUGCCUGCUACUAUUUGUCUUUCAUCUUCUGGAGCCUCAACUGUUGGUUAAUAAUCUCCUCCUAACUUCCUUUCCUGGAUUCUGGCUCUGUUACACACUGUCUGCUGUGCACUCGUAGGUUGGCCUACUAUUCGUAAAGCUCCUGUUCUUGAAAUUGUCUCUACUUAAUAGCACUGACCAAAAAUUGUCCUUAACUUUGUCCAGGUUAGUGGAUAAUUGUCUGAGUGAAUUUCUUUUAUCUAGUUUUGUUGCGUGGACUUAAGGAAUUAAUAAUAUUGUUUUUAAAAAUGAUUCACUUGAUUCCAAAUGAAUUAUGCAGUCUGUGUAGUUGAAUGAAGUAAAUGUGGCUGUGUAUUAUGUGUUCACUGACUCUACUCAUCCAUUAUUGUGUCCACAUUUGGAUAAAAUCCCAACCUAAUUGUCAAGUUUUGGCCCUGGCUUUUUAAAAAUUGUCCCCUUGCGGUGAACAGUUGCCCAACAAUGAAAUGCUGACUUGGGCAAACUUUCACUUGUAAAUGUAAAUUGCUAUUUGUAACUAGCUUAAAUAUCAUCAAUCAUAUGUUAAAAUGCCCUGUAUGAAAGCAUGUGCUGUAGCAUUUUGUAUCAGGUUUUUAAAGAAUUUUACUCUUGGAGGUUUGUGCAGUCUCUUGCAGCUUAAGAUCCAGCUGUUUUCUCUUUCUUUUUUUUUCUUUGCCUUUUUCUUUCCCCCCUCAGUCAGUGGAAGAAGUACUUUCAUUCUCCUGGUUUGAGUGAACGGUCUUGUAGAACUCGGCAUCUACACAAGACUCAAGUCUGUGGUAUGCCAGGAAUUGGAAUUAGACUGUAAUAGGCCAUUCAGCCUAUUGCUUUCUGUGUCAAAAUUCUGAAAAGAGCAAUCCACUUCCUUUUACUAUUUAAAUAUUUAUUUUGCAAAUUUUUUUUUUGCUUCUCCUCUUCUUAAAUUUAAAAACCUAUUUGGAUUCUCUUUCCAUCAAUGUAUGGUAGAAAUGUUGCCUAAAUUUAGCACAAUGUUGCUGUUUGAGUCUGGCCCAAGCAGUUUGUGUUGGCAGGUUGUUUUUACCAUCUUAACCAUCUCCUCCAUUUGGAUUGCACGAGAGACCAGACUGGCAUCAGACAAGGCAAAAGGAAAGGAACACCAGCAGUACUGGCACCAGAGAUCUCGGACCUCACUUCAGAGAUCUAACAUGUAACCUAUUUCAUGAUACUGAACGACAGGACGUUGGAAAGGCAUAUUGUAUUAUCAGUGUCCAGUUUUCUUUUGUGAUAUCUAGAGCACAAGUUCUUCUUCAUGAUGCUAAUUGGACCUUGCCACUACUUUCUGUCCUGGUCUUUUGAUCUGUUUUCAUGUGAUGCUGAAACAGCAGUGUGGAGAGUCUGUUGCCAUCAUGAGGGUGUUAAUAGUAUUAGUGUAUAGUGAACAUUACACUGUUUAUGGCUGGAUCAUGGUACAACAGCAAACAAUUUUAAUAGGCUAGUCCUCAAAAUCUGUAUUUUGAGUGAUUUGAGGUUGAUCCAGGUUUCGCAGUUCCCCUCUUCUUAGCUCACUGCCUCACCGCCCCCUACCUAAAUUCUUUACCACCUCUUCUGAAGUCAAAAUUAAAACCAAAUAAAUGAUCAUGAGCUUAAAUCUCAUUCUCUUUUUUUUUCCCCUUGUGGAAUGAACUGGUUGGAGUACUGUGAAACUGACUGCAAUGUAAUCUUCCGUUUCCGCUCCUAAUCUCUCCACGGGCAAAGGGGUUGCUGUUGUUUACUGGAGAACUGGUCCUUUUACAUGCGGUGGUUGUGAAAUACCCUGCCCCUCAGUCAGUGCCCUGAAACUAGCAUUUACCGAGGGGUGCCUGAAGCCGCUUCAGCUCCUUUGGGAGAGUUUGGGUUAGCAGUGUAAGGUGAAAGUCCCAGUUUCUGGAAUAACUAACAAUGCAGGUUAUUGAAUCUAAUAAUCUUAUCGUACUCAUCUUUUAUAGGGUCAAAUCUAGGGGAGCUGUUUGUAUACUACAGUUUCAGUGAUGCAUUGGGCAUCAUUACUUUCAUGUGUAUUUCUGUGUUUUUCUUUCCUAAAUUCUCUUUUUAUCCUCUAUAGGGAAGAGUUCCCAAACUGUACACCCAGUUUGGUGAGCUCUGUCCAACGGUGGUCUGAAAUGGACUUUUCUGACUUGUUUGUGUCUUGGGCCUUCUCCUUGGUGCUGGACCUCUUUUUGGAAUGAUGAGGUAUUGUGUUACUGAGAAGGUGAAGGACUGUGCUAAUACUUAAUCACUAGACUUGGGUGUAAGGGGGCAUGUCCUGAGACAAAGCUGAAAAUGAGUAAAAAGGACUGUCAAGAAAUACCUUGAAUUGUUCUGGUAGCUUUUUGCACCUUGGUAUGAAUAACAUAUCCAACUACAAAAGCUGGGUGUUGUUUGAGGCUGUUCGUUCCACCAUUACUACUAAAUCGAACACUGAUCAACCAAGGAGGCUUGUCUAUUUAACAGAAGUCUGGCAGGGAGAAAGCCAAUUUGGGUGAUUGCAGAUUGGCUUAGCAUUGUUUCUGUAAAUGAGUGGAUUCUCCAUCUUUAAAGAGAUGUCCUGUAAUUGUAAAAUUGUACAUAAGAAUGAUUGUAUAUUUACCCAGGUUUGAUCUGUUGCCUUAGUUUCCAGUGAUUUGUAUUUAAAUGUUGGUUUCCUUUUUUCAAAUUAAUGAGGAAAGGAAUGCUAGGAUCUUGAAUGUGUAAAAGUUGUGUUUUUUUUAAAUGCAAAAAAAG